UAGUCCAUAAAUUACUCGCAGAACCACUGGCGGUGUGUCGGCCUUUUCUCUCUCUCUCUCUCUCUUUCUCUCAGUGUUUCCCCUUCAUCGAUUCGAUUAGGGCGAAAGUUGCUCAAAUGGCUUGUUUGUUCAAAUCUGUUCCAUUGGGCAUUUACAGCUAUGGCCUAGGUUCAGGAUCAAAUAUACUAUUUAGGAAUUCUAGGAGUCCUGCUAAAAAAUACAUGUCCAGGUCCUUUAAAAUUCAUGCAUUAAAGGGGAACGAAGGGCCUCGAAGACUGAUAGAUAUUAUUCGUAUCAUCCCCGAGCUCUCAAGAAACUAUUUCAGAAGCCGUUCUCGACGAGCAUUGUUUGGUGGAAUCUCUUUGUUAGGUGGGUUCUAUGUUGCACAAACAAUUUCUCUGUCUUUUGGUGCUCUAGCUGUUAAUGAUGUCAUAGCUGCAGUUGUCUGUGUUCUUCUAACUGAGUAUGUGACUAGAUUCUACUACAGUCGGCCUAAGGUCACAUUUCCACUUGCAUUGCUGAACAAUUUUAAGAUGGGUUUCACUUAUGGUCUUUUCAUUGAUGCAUUUAAGCUAGCUAGCUAGCUGAGAAGAAAUUGCCUAAUCUGGUUAGUGAUUGUUUUAUCCAUAAGCUUCAAAUGUACAAAAACACCUCAAUAGCUACAACACUGUUUAUAUCAGCUGCAUCAUAGCUUUAUAUUUCAUUUUCUAUUGAUGCUUCA